AUGGCAGUUCCCGGAAAAUGCUUGCUGGUGACGGGACCUCCUGGUGUGGGAAAAAGCACUCUAAUUAUGAGAGUGUUUGAGACCCUGAGGGCCUCAAAUCCCAACUUAAAAAUUCAGGGUUUCUACACAAGUGAAGUUAGACGAGGAAGUGAGAGAGUUGGGUUCCAAGUGGUUACAUUAGAUGGCCGCACAGCUCCUCUGGCCUCCACCAUUUCCAGCCCAGAGUCUUUCAGGUGGCCCAAUGUGGGGAAGUACAAAGUAAAUGUUGCUUCAUUUGAGUCACUGGCACUGCCUGAACUACAGGUGAAAGAAGAUACUGAUCUAUUCAUCAUUGAUGAAGUUGGAAAGAUGGAGUUGUACAGUUCAUCUUUCUUCCCUGCUGUUUUGAAGGUUCUGGAAUCCAAUAUCCCACUUUUGGCCUCAAUCCCAAUUCCCAAAUUUGGACGAGAUAUUCCAGGAGUUGCACGGUUAAAGAAUCAUCCAGGUGCAACGAUUUUCACACUGAGCCCGAGUAACCGGGAUGCUGUUAAAGAAGAGAUAUACCUCCAACUGGUAGACUUAUUGAGUAAACAAUAG